AUGAAGGAGGAGAUCGCCGCCGCCGUCUUCUUCGUGGCGCGCCUGGUGAAGAGAUACGGUUGUGUGGACAACGACAGCAGAGAACGCUUCGCUGCUGCUCUCACCUCGUCUCUCUUCGAGAACUACAAGAACCACUGGCACCCGAGCGUCCCGGCACGGGGUCAGGCCUACAGGUGUCUACGGAUGAACAGGGUCCAGCUUCAGGACCCGGUUCUGCUGCAGGCAUGUGAACGGAGCUCAGUCCGUUACGAAGACCUGGGUCUGCCUCAGGAGCUGACGGUCUGGGUCGACCCAGGAGAGGUGUCCUGCCGGUACGGGGAGCACGGAACCCCUUUCUGUGUGUCGCUGGUGGACGGGAGUCGCCGUGGGGAUGGAGAGUUUCCUCGCCGCAUCAAUGACGCAGUGGAGCGAGCGAGUUUGGACGUCCAGUCUGGGAGCUCUUCAGAUGAGGACGAGGGAGCCGACAACAGUCUGAGCAGCUGCGGCAGUUCACUGGCUUCAUCUUUGGGGUCAACAACCAACCCCGAACCAAAAAGCAUCCCGACCGUCAGCAACCCCAACAGUGUCUAUAGGGUGAGGUUCAGCGAGUUCGCUCCUGGAGCGCCUCAGACGUGGCUCAACCACCCGAAGAGGAAGACCUUUCCCGCCGACGCCUUCCCACCACAAGCGCCUCCACCAGCAGGAGGCGCUGCGCCGCAGUUCCCAGCCCAGAAACCCUUCAAACCUUACCGAGCCACUUUUACCUUUACUGGGCCCCGCGUGGACAAGUACCACUGGGUCAGCAAGUCCCGGUCGUAGCGGU